GAUCUUGAAUCUCAACACCAGCCAAGCAAAGAUGGCAACAAAGUUACAGGGUUCCCCACAAGCCUCGGCUCGGAGCAGGUAUAGACGAGAUCGACAAAGUGUCACAACCUAUCUCAGUCUAGGUCAUAGCUGAAAGGAUGAAUAUGUCGGAAACGGAACCCCGCACGAUAGAGCACGGCAGAGGCGUUGCCGCGUCGGUCAAGUUACCUCGGACAUUUAUUUAUCUUGGAGUAUUUAAUGCAGUCUCUUGUGGUCACUGUAGUUCAAUCCUCGAUCUUCAUCUAUAAUUUGAGCUGAUUCUGAAAUGAAAAGUUUAUGAGACUGAAAUACGCAUUAAAAUGGAUCUAACAAAGACACCUCGAAAGGUCUGGGAACAUCCCAAUCCCAAGAGCACGGCAAUGUGGGCAUUUAUGCAAGAGGCAAACAAAUUACAUGGACUUAAUCUCAAGACAUUCAAUGACUUAUAUGAAUGGUCCGUCUUUAAGCGCAGCGACUUCUACGCUCAACUCUGGGCCUCUCAAAACUGGAUCCACGAAGGUUCUUAUUCAUACGUCGUAGACGAAUCAAUCCCAAUCACAAGACUCCCCGCCUGGUUCCCUGGUAUUCGCAUCAACUACGCCGAGAAUCUCCUCUGGACAGGUGUUAUGGGCGGAGCACCAGGCGAGCGCUCAACACUUCACAAAGAAGAUGAUACUAUCGCCAUCACAGAAGUCAGAGAGGGUGAUUCCUCUGUGAAUAAUGUUACUUGGGGAGAGUUGAGGAGAAGAGUGGGAAAGUUGGCGAGUGCGUUGAAGCAGAGAGGUGUUAAGAAGGGAGAUAGAGUUGUUAUGGUUGGUGCCCAUGCUGUUGAGACACUUGUAGUGUUUCUUGCUACGACUUGGCUUGGGGGGCUAUUUAGUAGUAGCUCGACUGAUAUGGGCGUUGGAGGGUUGUUGCAGAGGACUGUUCAGAUUGACCCCAAAUUUGUCUUCUUCGACGAUGGAGCUCUCUAUAAUGGCAAAGUCAUGGAUCUCCGCGAUAAGAUCAAGGGUGUCGUCGAAGGAAUGAAAGAAUGUCCUUCCUUCCAAGGUGCAAUCAUCGUUCAACGCUUCGACUCUCCUCACGAUACAUCUCAAAUCCCCAAGACACAACGUCUCGAGUCUUUUCUCUCAUCCGCAUCUUCAAGUCCACCGCCCAUCGAAAGAGUCGGGUUUCAAGAUCCAAUGGUAGUCUACUAUUCCUCCGGAACAACAGGAACACCAAAGGCCAUCGUCCAUGGCGUUGGUCCAAUUCUCGUUUCAGUGGCUAAAGAGGCUAUUCUCCAUCGUGAAAUUACUCCCAGGGAUGUUGCGCUUCAGUAUACUACUACGGGCUGGAUCAUGUAUCUUGCGAGUGUUACUAGACUUGCUUUUGGUGGACGAACUGUGUUUUACGAUGGUUCGCCUUUUGUACCAGAUCGUUCUGUGUUGUUGAGGAUUGUGGAGGAGCAACGUGUUACGAAUCUGGGUAUUAGUCCCAGAUGGUUAGGUGAACUUAUGAAAGAGGGGAUAGUCCCUCAGAAAGAGGCAGAUUUGAGUAGUCUUACAGCUGUCCAGAGUACGGGAAUGGUAUUGAAGGAGCAGGUCUUUGACUGGUUCUAUGAUGGGGCGUUUCCAACGAAUAUCAAGUUGGCCAACUUUUCAGGCGGUACCGAUAUUGCCGCCUGCUUUGUCAUGGAGAAUCCUCUAUCUCCCAUCUACGCCGGCGGAUGCCCAGGACGAGUUAUUGGAACACCCAUGGCAAUUUAUCCAUCUUCUCCGGACCUUAACAAGCCGAUCUCACCAGUCCCUGAUGGUGAACCAGGAGAUUUAGUAGGAACUGCGGCAUUCCCUAACGUGCCUCUCUAUCUCUGGAACGAUACAAACCCCGCCCCAGGAAAGAAAUACACUUCAGCAUACUUCGAUCGAUUCCCUAAUGUGUGGUCACAAGGCGACUUUGCAGCAGUUCACCCACAAACAGGUCAUAUUCACAUUCUCGGCCGUUCAGAUGGAGUUUUGAAUCCAAGCGGUAUUCGAUUUGGUAGUGCAGACAUCUACGCUGUGCUUGAGGGAAGCUUUGCAAAGGAGGUUGCAGAGAGUCUCUGCGUAGGCCAACGUCGUCCCCAAGACCAUGAUGAGAGCGUUGUUCUAUUCCUGUUGAUGAAACCAGGAGUCAAGUUCAACGCUGAACUCGCUGGCAAGAUCCGAGAGAGGAUCGCCAAGGAGUUGACGAAGCGGCAUGUGCCCAAGUAUAUCUUUGAGGUGCCCGACAUUCCGACAACUGUGAAUGGUAAAAAGGUCGAGCUUCCAGUCAAGCAGAUCAUCUCGGGCAGUAAUAUCAAGCCAAGUGGGACAUUGUUGAAUCCUCAGAGUUUGGACUUUUUUUAUCAGUUCCAGAAGAUUGAAGAGGUUGAGCAGGUUAAAGCAAAGUUGUAGAGAUACUAGAGAAAUACAGG